UGCUGCAUCUUUGCCCACUGAGCAGCCAUGAGAAGGCAACUUCGAUCCAGAAGGGCUCCGACCUUGCCUCAUGGUUAUCGCUUCAGACUUGAUGAUCAGGAUGAAAUGAACCAGAACUACCUGGCAGAUGAAGAGGAAGAGGCUGAGGAAGAGGCUCAGAUGGUGGCGAUGCCCAAUUUGGAGGAGGAAGAGAAAGAAGAGGAACAAAAGGAAGAGGAAGAAGUUCAGGAUCAGCCAGCAGAUAACACCUGGUGGCAAAAAUUGCAGCUUAUAAGUGAAUAUUUAUGGGACCCGGAGCAAAGGAUGUCUCUGGCCCGAACAGGUCAGAGUUGCAGCCUGAUAUUGGUCAUCUACUUUUUGUUCUAUGCCUCUCUGGCUGCUGUGAUAACUGUCUGCAUGUAUACACUAUUUCUGGCCAUCAGUCCUUACCUGCCGACCUUCACUGAGAGAGAGAAGCCUCCUGGAGUUAUGAUCAGACCCUUUGCCCAAAGUCUGAACUUCAACUUCAAUGUUUCUGAACCUGACACUUGGCAGCAUUAUGUGAUUAGCCUAAAUGGCUUUCUUCAGGGCUAUAAUGACAGUCUUCAAGAGGAAAUGAAUGUGGAUUGCCCACCAGGGCAGUACUUCAUCCAAGAUGGUGAGGAGGAGGAGGACAAGAAGGCCUGCCAGUUUAAGCGCUCCUUUCUGAAGAACUGCUCUGGUCUGGAGGACCCUACUUUUGGCUAUUCUACGGGACAGCCCUGCAUCCUUCUCAAGAUGAAUCGGAUUGUAGGCUUCCGUCCUGAGCUUGGAGAUCCUGUGAAGGUUUCCUGCAAAGUUCAGAGAGGUGAUGAAAAUGACAUCCGAUCCAUCAGUUACUACCCUGAGUCGGCUUCUUUUGAUCUCCGCUACUACCCUUACUACGGCAAACUGACGCACGUUAACUACACCUCCCCCCUGGUGGCAAUGCACUUUACAGAUGUGGUGAAGAACCAAGUGGUGCCUGUGCAGUGCCAGCUGAAAGGCAAAGGCAUCAUAAAUGAUGUCAUCAAUGACCGUUUUGUGGGUAGGGUGAUCUUUACCUUGAACAUAGAAACCUAAGGACUUCAGGGGGCCACUUCUACCA